AUGCAGCCCAUCAAUCUUUUACUCUUCGUUUCGAUCACUACCUACAUCCAAGUUUCAUGGGCAGCACCUAAUGAACACUGCCCACCUUUGGGUCCCGUCCUCCCUCCUCCGACGCAUGCAAGCAGCAGUCCGGCAGUUGCCUCUUCGGUGUCUACACUCCAGCGGUUUUUGGACGUUUACACUGCUCAAUUCAACCAUUCUGCCGUGGCAAUUGGUCUGAAUUCUAUCCAUGAAAAAGACUACAUCCUCGAGUAUGCGUACAGUCCGCCCAACCGUAAUGCUCGUGGUGUCCAGGAGGUCAACUCCGAUAGCGUUUUCCGCAUCGCGAGCGUUUCUAAGAUAUUUCCCGUUUUGGGCCUUUUGCGCCUCCAUGGUGUCAGUCUCGAUGACCCAGUCACCAAAUAUAGAGCAAAGCCCCAUUUGGACUAUUCCCUGAGACGAAAUUACUCUUGGGGUUCUGGCAUCACAUUUGUCAGGUAUUGGUGCAGACACUUCUGGGCUGUUCAGAUGGCUUGGGUCUUCCAGACUGCGACAGGACAGUGUUUUUUGAACGAUUUGGCGAACGGGCUCCGGUCCAGCUCCCAUUUUCCCCAAACGCUGUUUACUCGAACGCGGGAUUCGCCAUUCUCGGUUUGCAUUCGAGUCUGCCACAAACAGGUCUUUCAGGGACUUUGUGCAGCAUGA